CGUGACCCGAAAAGUAACACGUGUAACGAUAAACCCUAAAGCCCCAUUGAAUUGAUUCAUCUUCCAUUCACCAAAAACCCUAUAAACCUACACAGUUCGUUGACCUCUGCGAACAGAGAAAUCUCAGGGGAAAAAUGGAUCACAUCGCAGCUGUGGAAGAGCAAAUGGUAACGGAGAGACUGAGAAGAAAACUGAACGAGGUGAAUUUAGCUGCUCAGUCCCAGCUUUCUCCGAUCCAGGACCACAUCAAUUUCACCCUUCAGCAAGCAUACUUCAAGUGUGCGUAUGAGUGCUUUGACCGGAGAAGAAAGCAAGAAGAGAUAAGUAACUGUGUUGAAAAUUGCAGUGUUCCUGUGGUGAAUGCUCAGCAUCAGUUUGAGAAUGAGAUGUCCAAGUUUCAAGAAAGGUUGAACAGAUCACUCAUGGUCUGUCAAGAUAAGUUUGAGGCAGCCAAGCUCCAACAGGCUAAAACUGAUGCUAUGACCAAUUUGGAGUCAUGCGUGAAUCAAUCAAUCGAAGAAAACAUUAAUUCGCUGCCCCAUUUUGUUCAAAGAAUGAAGGCUACCUUUUCCAUAAGUGAUUGAAUCAGGAGGGGUGUUGUUACAAUGCUUAUGAACCCUUACUGUGGUUCAACAUUUUUUACAAAGGACAUGAUCUGUUCCGCAAAGCUCAUGCCUGCAGUGGAGAUUUAAUCUGCCUUUUUAUGAUUUGAAUAAUGAUCAAUUUAGUAUUUUGACAAUUUUUUUAAUACCAUUGAAUUGAAUCCUUGUGACAAAAUGAUAUCUUCAAUUUAAUUGGAAGUAACCAUAUUUUCUAGAA